GCAAUCAUUUCUUCUCCUCUCUGGCUGCAUUCCUCCAUUGAGAACUACUGUGUGAGCUGUGAUUGGUCACAGCUUGUCACAUGGUACAAGGCUGUUGUGAAUGGCCCUGUACCAUGUGAUCUCUGUGAUCAUUCACAGAUUUCACACGUAGUAAGCAAUGAUGUCAGAAGUGACAUCUUGCUUACUCCUAUUCAUGUGAUCACUGAUUGGCCAAUCAGUGAUCAGAUGAUCAGGACCUCGCACAGAGGUCCCGUACGACGAUCGCAGGGAGCGCGCACAGUCCAAAAUGGCGGGCGCCGUUUAUGA